GCUAAGUAUAUUUACUUGUUGGUUUUUGCAGGUGAGGAGUUGAGGGUAUUCUUCUGUUUGAUUGGAUGAGGAAGGUUUCGAAGAGGGGUGCAUGUAAGUCUGCAUCGCACCAGCUCUUCAAGGACAGGGCAAAGAACCGUGUCGAUGAUCUGCAGGGUGUGUUAACUAAUCUACAAUCUGCAAGGAAGGAAAGCCGAACUUUUGAUGUUGGGUUGCUUGAAGAGCAAGUCCACCAGAUGCUGCGAGAAUGGAAAUCCGAGCUCAAUGAACCAUCCCCGGCUUCUUCUUUCCAGGGAGGAAGUCGUGUUUCAUCAUCAGCAGAUAUCUAUAAACUGCUAUUGGGUGAGGAAGAAGAUGAUGCCACCAGUGGAUUAGCUGCACCUAAGCCUGAGCCUGAUGCUCAAAAAGUUAGUGUUACGGGUUUUCAAGAGGGUUACAAUGUAACUCAGGUGCUGCACGAGCAAGGUUUCCAGUUGGUUGAUCAAUGCAACAAAGGCUUGCCUCUAAUGGUUAAUAACGCAGGAGUUAACAAUCUCGGCAUUGCAACACAAUUGGAUUACCAUUCUUUUGAUUUGCAUCAAGAAUACGAUCAGCAGUACUUACCUGGUUUUGAUGCUUUAAAUCUUUGUCUAGAGGAUGCUAUGCCUCCUAUUCAUAUUAGUCCUCCUCCCUCUGCUUUCUUGGGGCCGAAAUGUGCACUUUGGGAUUGUCCUCGACCUGCGAUGGGGUCCGACUGGUGUCAGAAGUCUCAAGACUACUGCAGUGACUAUCAUGCUUCUCUUGCACCUAACGAAGGCUAUCCUGGGAGACCUCCAGUUGUUCGGCCAACGGGUAUUGGCUUAAAGGAUAAUUUGCUUUUUCAAGCUCUUUGUGCAAAGGCACAUGGAAAAGACGUUGGUGUUCCCGAGUGUGAGGGUGCUGCCACGGCAAAGUCCCCCUGGAAUGCACCUGAGCUCUUUGAUCUUAAGGUUGUUGAAGGUGAAACUAUUAGGGAGUGGCUUUUCUUUGAUAAGCCUCGAAGAGCAUUUGAAAGUGGAAAUAGGAAGCAGAGGUCAUUACCCGACUAUAAUGGACGGGGUUGGCAUGAGUCAAGGAAGCAAAUGAUGAAUGAAUUUGGAGGGCUGAAGAGAUCCUACUACAUGGAUCCACAACCGAUGAAAAAUCUUGAAUGGCAUCUUUACGAGUAUGAGAUCAACAAGUAUGAUGCAUGUGCCUUGUACAGAUUGGAACUGAAACUUGUUGAUGGAAAAAAAAGCCCCAAAGGGAAGUUAACCAAUGUCUCAGUUGCUGAUCUGCAAAAGCAAAUGGGAAGACUGACUGCUGAAUUUCCUUUGGACAAUAAGCGAACCGUUAAGGGCAGAGCAAAGGCCAAUAUGAAAAAUGUGGGAAACAUUCAUGCUGCACCGGUUCCAAUUGUUCCAACUUGUGAAGGGUAUGAUUAUGGGACCACCGAUCCGUACGAUUAUCUUGUAGACGAUCUGGAUGGCUACUUCGUAACAUAAUUAUAUUCAUUCGAUUAUGCUCAAGAGGCGUUCUGCCUUUGUAUUAUACACCAGUUUCAUCUUAGACUCGAACAUUCGGUGGUAGAUGUGUUACCCGGGUUCUGUUUAUUUAUCAGUCGGGGUCAACCGGAUGCCUCCUGUUUCCGUGGGCUUAUGGUCAAUGCUUCAUUGUCAUCUGAGACGCGGUCCUAUCUAACUAUGGAGCAAUUUAACUGCAUGAAAAUGAAAACCUGUUUACUUCUUUGCGAAUUA